UUAGUAGUCUCCGUGUGUGGCUCUGCUCUGAAGCCGUCACACAAAAGAGCUGGGGCGGCUGGUCCCGGUCGGUCUGUGAGGAGCAGGAGUGGAGGCGAGGGGGCGGCACAGUCCCAGCCCAGGAAUUGCUUAGAAAUGAUUGUCACCUAAGAAGUCAGCUAUGGCAAACAGGAAACGACAAAGCACUACAACCAACAUGCUGGAUCACAGGGUGAUACCUUGCCCUACUUCAUUUCACCACAGGGAGCCUGAAAGUGAGGAAAAUGACCUGCCUAGUGAAGAUUACAUAGCAAAGGAGGCAGAGCUAACAGCUAUCAGAGAAGAUAGCCCUACCCCUGUGGAACACGAGUGCAAUGAUAAUAGUGGAGAUGGCGAUUCCAGCUCUGAUUAUGUGAAUAAUACCUCUGAAGAGGAGGACUAUGAUGAAGGCCUGCCAGAGGAAGAGGAAGGGAUCACAUACUAUAUUAGGUACUGUCCAGAGGAUGACAGUUAUCUGGAAGGAAUGGACUGCAAUGGGGAAGAGUAUGUACCUCAUGAAGAACACCAAGUUGAAACUGAUGAAUGUCAAGAAGCUGUGGAAGAAGAAUGGACAGAAGCUAACAUCCAACACCAUGAUGAAAGUGAAGUGACAGAAGGGCAAGACUACCAAGAUAACUGUGUUCAGAUUUUGGAGGAUGAAGUAUCUUGUCUGGAAAUUCAAGACCAAGAAGAAAACAUACAAUACUGUCAAAAUGAAGAAAGCUAUCAGGAUUAUUAUCCACCAGAAGCUAAUGGAAACACUCAUGGGAUGUCGCCCUACCAUUCAAGGAAAGAAGAUGCUGAGUUGGAGGAGCAGGAAGAAGACAUUGACCAGAUUGUAGCUGAGAUUAAAAUGAGCAUGAGUAUGAGCAGCAUUAACAGUACAACAGAAAUGAGCCCUGAUCAUGGCGGGACUGAAAAUGUGCAAAAUGAUUAUAAAGAGACUUGUCCAAAAGGUGAUGCUGCUCGUAGUACCAACAGACAUGAAGGGAGGCCAAAAUCAUUGAAUAUUCCAGUUGCUUCAAAGCAUGUUGGAGAUAUGCCUAGAGGUUUUAAAACAAAGUCAAGAACUCCAGAAGACAGACAGAAAUGGCCACAAGAACAGGUGUGCAAUGGUUUAGAACAGCCAAGGAAACAACAACGUUCUGACCUAAAUGGACCAAUUGACAACAAUAAUGCACCAGAGACAAAGAAAGUGUCUUCGUUUCCAAGUUUUGUUGAUGUUCCAGGACCCUGUGAACCUGAAGAUCUCAUUGAUGGAAUCAUCUUUGCAGCCAAUUACUUGGGUUCUACACAGCUGCUCUCAGAACGUAACCCUUCCAAAAAUAUAAGAAUGAUGCAAGCUCAAGAGGCAGUGAGCCGUGUCAAGAGGAUGCAAAAGGCGGCUAAAAUCAAGAAAAAAGCGACUUCUGAGGGAGAUUCCCAGGCUUUGACUGAAGUGGAUCUGUUCAUCUCCACACAGAGGAUUAAAGUUCUGAAUGCAGAUACGCAGGAAACUAUGAUGGAUCAUGCGUUGCGCACAAUCUCAUACAUUGCUGAUAUUGGUAACAUCGUUGUUUUAAUGGCAAGACGCCGGAUGCCAAGGUCUGCUUCUCAAGACUGUAUAGAGACGACACCUGGUGCCCAAGAAGGAAAGAAACAGUACAAAAUGAUAUGUCAUGUCUUUGAAUCUGAGGAUGCACAGCUGAUAGCUCAAUCAAUUGGUCAGGCUUUCAGCGUGGCCUACCAGGAGUUUCUGAGAGCCAACGGAAUUAAUCCAGAGGAUCUCAGUCAGAAAGAAUAUAGUGACAUAAUCAAUACCCAGGAAAUGUAUAAUGAUGAUCUUAUACACUUCUCCAAUUCAGAGAACUGCAAGGAGCUGCAGCUAGAAAAGCAGAAGGGAGAAAUUCUCGGGGUUGUGAUUGUGGAAUCAGGAUGGGGAUCCAUCCUACCCACAGUUAUCCUGGCUAACAUGAUGAACGGAGGCCCUGCUGCUCGUUCAGGGAAACUAAGCAUUGGAGACCAGAUUAUGUCUAUUAAUGGAACCAGUUUAGUUGGUCUUCCUCUUGCAACAUGCCAAGGGAUUAUAAAGGGUCUUAAGAACCAGACGCAGGUGAAACUGAACAUUGUCAGCUGUCCUCCUGUUACAACCGUCCUCAUAAAACGACCAGACCUGAAAUACCAGCUGGGCUUCAGUGUACAGAAUGGAAUUAUUUGCAGCUUGAUGCGAGGUGGAAUAGCUGAACGGGGAGGGGUCCGAGUAGGACAUCGCAUUAUUGAGAUCAACGGCCAAAGUGUUGUGGCCACUGCUCACGAGAAGAUAGUACAAGCCUUGUCUAACUCAGUGGGAGAGAUUCAUAUGAAGACUAUGCCAGCUGCAAUGUUCAGGCUUCUAACUGGCCAAGAGACACCCCUGUACAUCUAGCACAUGAGGCUGUUUCUCUCAACAAAAGAACUAAAUGAUUCCAUCAAAGUUGAAGUCUACACAGAAGAAGUAAGAAUUUUGUAUUUUGUAUGAAUGAAAGGCUUUGAAACAGGACCUGAAGAUUCCACAAACUGAAUGGCCAAGCGUCUCUCCCUUGCCAAAAAGUGAUAACCAUCUUUAUCAAGGACAGUAAUCACUGACACAAAAUCUUUGUAAGACAUAGUAUUUUGCAACAUCUUCCAAACUCUUUAAACAUAUUUAUUUGUAAUCUCCAUGUGGCAUGGUGUACAUCUGUCAGUCAUGCUGAUGAGUCGACAGAACAUUUACUGCAACGAUAAGCAACUGAACAGCAGCCUCAAGGAAGAAAAAUCCAAGUCCCAUGUAAUGGUCCCUUCACAGCGUAUUGCAUAAUUUGAAAGCUGAUCCAGGGCAGAUGGCAUUCAGUGAUUAGGAAUGUGUGCUGUUAGAUUCUAAUGUAAAGUAAAACCGUUGUAGUGCUUGGUUUAGUUACAUGUUACAUUUGUCAUAAUGGUAAGUAUGGCAAGGUGUGAAUGUAAGUGUAUAACAAAAGAACAGGAAAGUGUUUCUGAUGCUAAAUAAAGAAUAAAUGCCACAAAAUUAAAAUAUUUAUUUACCUUUAUUUUUAAUUUUCAUGGUUUAACAGAACUACUUUUCUGAUACUUAAAUGUGUUCCAUGGUUUGUGUAAUAUUUUUUAUUACCCUUUUACUUACAUUAGCUCAAAAUGGGAGAGCCAUCCUUAGUCUUUUAUAAAAACAUUCUUGUUUCUGAGGCAUUGUUCUGAAUGUUUGUUUCUGGUGAAUGAGGAGGAACUAGCACCAUCAGCAGUAUUAGACUGUUUACAGAUAAAAUAAGUAGUAGUAAAGUUGUAUUCAUUAUGAGAAAUUGUUCAUUAAUGUAACUUUGUCUUGAUUUUAGGGUGGGGAGGGGGAGAGACAGGAUGACAAGGCCUUGAAGAAAAUACACUGUGACUUUAGAAGCCUUACCAUGCAGUAACUAAAGUUUUAGGAUUACUGUAUUUCAAGGAGUAACAUAGAUGUUGCAUGCAACUGACCUUAGGAAAGAAUUAACCCUCGUCUCACUAAUAAACCUGGAGUAAUAAAGACAACUUGCUUAUCUUGUUUAUUCUGUUAGUAAAUUUACAGAAUUCAAAAAUCUUACUGGAAAUAUCCCCAUUUAAUUCUUCAUCUAAGUGCAGUUGCAAAGAAUCAGGUAGUUGGAAUCCAUCUGCUGCCUUGAAGUCAGAAUGAUAGUUGGUGGUAUUUCUGCAGAAUUUAUAGUGAAUGGACACUUGCAAUUACCCUACCUUGUUACCACUGGAUGUCACUGUAGCUUUAUAUGAAUGUAGUUGAAGCAG